GAGGGGCUGUUUUAUUUCUUAUUUUAUUGUGGUCAAGAUUGUAGCUUAGCCUCUGUUUUUCGCUUGUAAAUAGGGAGCGCUUAGUUCAGAACACAAAUCAAAAGCCAUAGGAAUUCCCAGAAAGUAGACUUAACUCACCAGAAAACCGUAAUUGUGUUGGUCGGUUAUUAGCUUAUUUAUUCUAAUCACACAACACGUUUUCGAAAUCAGUUGUACAUGUAAAAAUCUUAUUGGUUCGGAGAUAGACGAAUGCAGUUAUACGUAGUUUGUUAUAUAGAGCAGUUUUCAAUUGAAUGUCGUAAAACUAAAACCAGAGUAAUCACUUUAACCAAACACAAAGGACACAGACAAUCCAGUGAACCAAUCAAAGCUCGAAGUAAUUACAUGUAGCUGACGCAGAGCGCGGCAAAACGCGUGCGAGUGAGUUACAAUUGGUUUUGCUUUUACUUCUGAGUGGAUGAAAACGCGGCGCGAGUUUUUUAAGCCAAUCUUGUAGCAUAGUUGAUGCAAAACCAAUUACUUCUCGACACUCAAAUGAAAACCGCUCUAUUACAGCUUCGUGGUUUUAGUCUAGGCUAUUGUUAGUGACACAUUCUGCGCGUUCUUAGCUACAUUGAAACGUAAUUUAGAGUUGACAAGGUUAGAUUCAGACAGACUUGAAUAAACUAAUGUUUCAAAUCAUAAGGACGAUGUUCUGUUAAUUUUGUUAUUUAGUAACUGGCUUCCCUUGUGUCCCUGACUGCUCAAAGUCUUCUCAAAUUGUUCGUGUGUUCUUUUACCUUUGUGAAAAUGGCUAGCGUUUAAACAGUUUAUUUUUCUUUCGGGGAAAGUCAUUUCCACCAGUGGUACCAUUUUUCCCGCUCGGCCAAUCAGGCGUCAAACCAACACCAAACACGCGACUUUUCCCGCGCUUUCAUUCUUCAGGCGCCGAACGGGGAGGGCUGGGUUCUUAUCGAAAGGUCCAGAAAGGUUUAACCCUGACUAUAAAGACCCUUUCAGUUGAUGAAAACAAAAACAAUCAUGUUUUGCUUGGAUCUGUGCUUAAAAAAAAUGGACCACGGUCGUUAUAUGAUCCUCUGCCUACGAACGACAGAUUUAAGCCAAACCUUCUCUCAUUCCUGUAUUUUUGGAGUCCUUGUUCGGCGGCAAGAGAGCAUUUCUCGAACUUAGACUACUUGGUCAAAUUGGCCGCAAGUUUCACCUUUUUAGGUGUAGUCUGAACUGUCUCGGAGGUUGACAGCUCUGAUUCAAGACAAAUGCUGUCCAAACACCACUUGCUCAAUCUACGCAGAAACAUUUUUUUUAAAAAUUUCUGUCCUGCGCUGUUCGCAGCUGAAAUUUGCAUUUUCUGUUACGAGCAUAAGUUAGUAACUUAAGUAAAUUCAGUGGCCACUCUCUCAUUGGCUAACCUCACAUGUGCAUUACGUGACAAGUCCCUCAUAAAAUUUCAAACCUGAAAACGUUAUUUUAGACUUCAACUUGCUCACAUUCAUAAGAUGAAUCAAAUAAGUCCUAGCAAGAAAUCUUUACAAAUGAAGACCAAGCCUUAAAACGACGCUUCACGGUUCAAUGGAGAUGUGCCAAGAUGUCGUGACCCUAAACACGUCAUCUUUGUGACGGUUUAUUUGAAGACUGUUUCAACGUGAAUUCCUGAGAAGUAAAAAUAACAUUUUGCAACGUGAACAGAAUUUUACGUUCCUCUUUGCGGAAAAGGGCAAAUCGGAAUUUUAACACUGCUGAACGCUGCCCGUGUCAUCCAUCUGUUGAAUUCCGAGUACAAUUAUCCCCUAAUAUCCCUUUUAAAUCAUAAAAUGUCCACUAACUUUUCAAACAACAUUUUGCCCAAAAUUAACCGCGCGUCAUAAACGACAAUACACUGUUUGUCCUUAUCGAAGAAAGAAAACAGCGAGAUUUUGCUCACAAAAAAAGCUAGAAAGAACAGCGUACUGUAGCUCUGGAUCAAUUUACACGGGAUCCUUUAUGCAAAACUUCAGAAGUAUUUUUACUAAAUCAAACACAGGGCCGGGGAAAAAGCCCUCUUUUAAAACAAGAAGAAAACAGCAAUAUUUUGCUGACGUGGAAGAAAACUUAUCGGAAAUGACAUUAAGGUUCUAAUUGAAUAACAAAGACAAAACCUACGGAAAUGUUAAAAAAAGAUAAUGAUAAAAAGUUUUGUGUGGUUCAUUUUAAUAAUUGAUUCUGGUUUUUAAGUUGUUAGUAAACUGUGCACCUACGUUUCCUCCCAAGAAAGCAAACGCUGUUUGGACUGGUUGUUUUUUUCGAACACUCUUGUUUUUUUCUGUUUGGGCGCAGUCUUUACACUAUACAAUCUAUUCUAGUGGUGCUCAAUGUGUUUAGCACAAUGCACGUGUCAAUUAAGGCGCCUCUCUUGUCAUUGAUUGUCGCGGGGAACAAUAGAUCGCAUAUUAGCUUCAAAAAAUGUUUAUGCUUUUGAAUAAAUGUCGCGGAUCAGUGGAAUCACUUCUAAUGAAAAGUCAGCAACAACUUCGAACAAUUCGUGCUAGAAACCAAGUCACGCAACCAGAUUGAAGCAAUAUCGAAGUGUCCGGUGUUAAUGCUGAAUAGAGCUCAGUUUUAAUUGCCACAGCAAUCUACGACCAAUCAUCAUUAAUAAGAUUAGUACGUGCCAUUUGACGAACUUCUACAAGACGAGUUGUUUAUCAAGACGAGUAUAACGAACACAGAAAGCGCCUGCCUUUGCAAGUCGUUUAAAAAUAUUUCAACUCUGGUAACAUCCUUGGCAACGUAACCCGGUACUCCAAGAAAUUUCUUCUCUAACACUACACGUGUAGAGACCAUUUCAAAGCAUCGAUCACUGUACACAAGAAGUGAUUUUCUUAUCGCUUGACCGAUCUCCGACGGUGCUGAAGUUAUUAGCAAAACUGUUAAACUGCUCUUUAGGCGACACCUUAGGGUGACAAGGAAAUAACGUUUACAGAGCAUCUCGGGUUUCAUCUGAAAGGGAAUUAGUGGCUUAAAAACACGACAACUUGCAACACGAGUAUGCCACGAGGACCGAGAAACAACGUCUUUGGUUGACAAGAUUGAUUAGAUUAAACACAUCACAAACUCUUCAAAGACACAACUGCGGUUUACGGUUGGUGAACGUUACCUCGAGUCGAGUGGACCAGAUCAAUGGUUUGUUCCAAAGUGGAUAGCAGUGACCAGAUAAGCAUUAUGGACGGUGAUACAGGCAAUAAAGCUGAUGAGAACGCUUUUAGAAGCAGAGCUAUUGACAUUCUAACGCCAGAAGGAGAGACGUUUAAGAUAAGCGCAGGAGACAAUGCAAUGAUAAAGGAUAUUAAAAUUGACUGUGAGCUCCUUUGUGGCAUCCCGUCCGACCUACAGCUUAUAAGACUACAGAACAAAGAUCUCUGUAACGAGGACACCGUUGCAAAUCUCGGCAUAACGGACGGCUGCACAUUGAGAGUAACAGUCCCACAGUGGUGGCAGAAAUUUGUUUCCACGUGUUAUAAGGGAGACACACAACAAGUAAGAAAGAGAAUCUACGUCAAAAUGAGCCAGGUUUCGCGCGAGGAACGAAGCUUCACAGCCGCUUUCAUCGGCGCAGUGAAGGGAAACCACAAUCUGAUGUUCGCAGCGUUUGCGGGAGGGAAAAUGAACCUACACAGCAAAACUAAGUUGAGUGGGAGAAAUCUGCUUCACGCUGCAGUUUCUGGUGGUAGUACAAGUUGCGUGGCAAAUAUUCUUAUGAACGAGGGCAACGCUUUGUUAGAAGCACCCGACAAUACUGGCGAAACGCCGGUAAAAAUGGCCAUAAAACUGUACGGUGAAACCGGAGAUAUUGUGAAGUUCUUAAACGUUUAUCUCGAGCUCCACCGGCGUGAUGCGAAACAUUCCGGCUUUUCUAAUCAUUACUGGGACAACCUCGAGCAAAACAAUAUAAAUAUUUCAGAUGCGGUUAGCGGGGACGGUGACUCUAAUGAUGGGGACGAUAGCAACUCUCAAUCCGAUGAAAAUAUUAGCAACAAAAUCGGAGACCUGGAUCUCGACUCAGAUGAACCGCCAGGAGAGAAGAUCAGAAUGAAUUAUACACAGACCGAUUUUUUUACUCAUAACUCUGGUGAAAGUCUUCCUUCGGUCACGAAAGUAAACAUCGAGGAUUACGACGCCACAAAGGGUCAGGACUCGUUGGCUGUCAGUUUAGACAGUUCAUCUAAGCUUGAUGAGCCACAGAUCAAUGCAAAUCCUAACAGCUUAAGCUCCUUUGAACAGGGAUGUGGACAAAAGAGUGACACAGGUUAUUACAGUAGUAAUAAUCAAAGCACCGGAAAAGAUGCGAAUCACGUCACGGAGAUGCUUUGGAAUGAGAGUUUGUUUACACAGGGUAAAACGCCUCCAAUCGAAACAACAACAAACCAGGCGUCAAAUUUAGCAGCAGAUGAACCAGAGGACGUUAAAAACGCGUCAGUAUUGUCCGCUGACCCAUCUGCAGACGACGAUGCUGACUCCAGCCACUGGCCCAAACCACCAAGGCGUGCCCAGCUCCGAAAACAGAGUAUUAUUGACAGUCGGAGAAAGAAGUCUACAACGGAACGACCAAAUUUGGAAUUGCUUUUGGCGAUGAGGUCUGAAAACAGCUCUCCGCUUCAAGGACAAAAUAGCGAAGGCAUUGUGAGCGAGCAACGAGACAGCGAAGUGCUCACGAACGAGUCACACGACAACGAACAAUCUCGCGAGGGGUUCACGAACGAGUCUCGCGAGAAACAAGUCAGUGCGACCAAUGUGGAAGAUCAGAAAGAUCAGGCUACCUUGCCAACAGCUUCUCCAAAACCUCUUCGAAGAGCUCAGCUUAGGAAGAAGUCUAUUGUGGAGCAGAGGAGACGACGAUCAAUAGCGUCAAGACCAAACCUCGAUGAACUUGCAGCUAACCGUGAAGAGGAAGCCGAAGAGGCGACCUCUGCGGAGCCCAAACCAGAGUCGUCCGUUUUGGAACCUAAGGAACAAGGGACAACUGCAGUGGAAUCUAAAGAGGAAGGAACGACCGCUCCGGAAAUCAAGGAAAAAGGGUCGGCCGCUGUGGAAUCUAAGGAAAAAGAAUCGUCAGGUGUGGAAUCCAAGGAAACAGAGUCCACCGCUGUGCACUUUAAAGAAGAAGAGUCUCCCAUUUCUGCAAGAUACGUGCUGCAACUGUGGCAGGACCAAGCCCAGGAAUUUGCGGCAGCUGCCUUGUCGGGUGACGAGUCAGACACGAGUCACUCGCCUAAAAUUCCAAGGAGGGCUUUUCUUAGAAAACAGGUGUUCGUGGAGCAAAGACGGAGGCGUUCAGCAACUGAGAGACCGAACCUUAUCAGACUAAUGGCACCUGCUAAGGAACAGGGAGAUGGUGAAGAGCCUGGCGAAGAAGCCGCUGAAAUCACAUGCCCGGAUAAAGGAGAGGAAAAGUCGCCUGUGGAAAGUCAAAACGAUGUAUGUGCAAUUUCUGUUGGACAGGAAAGUAUUUGUUAUGAUUUCUCACCCGUUGCCUCAAGUGACGAUGUUUCAAUGAAAGAACAUUAUUCAGAAGAUAAGGAAACACCCGAAACAUCGUGGCGUUCACCAGCAGUGGUACAAACGCAAGAAAGGGUCCCGAUUAGGACCUCACAGAGGUGUUCCAAUACUGGCCCAUUACUGGAGGCCCGUGCAACGAGAAACCAACGACAUAACCGGUCGGCUUUGAGUGGAGACGAAUCGGACGUUAGCGACAACGAGCAAGGCGUGCUCCAAGAGACAGUCGCGCCCAUCAACCGCGUGGUAAAAACCCAGCGACGAAGGCGUCUACCCGUAUUACCAGACAAAACGAUAAAAAAUGAGAUAAAAUUACCACUCAUCAAAAUCGAAGACAGUAGUUCUUCCGUGAAUUCAGAUUCACGUGAUGCCCACGUGGCUAAUCAAGUGCGCGCUUCUGGGCCUGUGAAUGGCGAGAUGAGAUCAGCAGCUAUCGCUCCUCAUCCUCCAGUUUGCAGAUCUCGUUCAGGAUCAAUAUGCAGUGAGGAUUCAAUGUCAUCUGGAGAGGUGUACUCAGACAGACCAAGGUCACAGAGUGAAGAAGAAAACCGAUAUAGUCCCCAGCCCACGCCAUACGCCAAAAGUGUUCCAGUCAGACAGAGAAGGAAAAGUGUGCCAAACAACACGUUCAGACCGACACCGAACCCGCCGAUUACUCGAACGAGGAGAGGUUCUGUGCAAGUGGAGGACCUGGAAGAGAAGGGUUAUCAGAUAAGUCCACAACUUCGUGCAAGAUUAAAACUGCGCGGGCAGCCCCGUGAAAACUUACCUUGGAACGAAUGGAGAACAAGAAGACGGUCUGGCUCCAUACCUGACGGUAGCGAGGAAGAAACUGAAGCAGAAAAUAUUAAUCACAGAGAACUCAGCAACAAAGACGCGCGUGUGGACAAACGUGUCGGCACGCACGUCGACACGCGCGUCGCGUGGCACGAAAAGAAGGGUCCGCAGUCUCAUGGAAAUUCCCGGAUGACCUUCACCGAGUGGCUUGACAACAAAGAAGCCUUGGAGCGGACAAGGCCGACGUCUCCGCAAGCGGCAAGGAACGAGCAACAUAGAGAUGGUGUCGGUCAUGAGCGACACCUGCAGACUGCUAAGAAGUACGAGGAAUGGCUACAAAAGAAGGAUCAAGAAGCUUUGGAGCAGGAGGAGAUGCUAAGGAAGAGAGCGACCAGAAAAUUUCACAGGACAUACAAAAAGAAGUGACAGAGUGAGGCUGGAAUCUAUCGCUACCAUGAAGGAAUGCGAGGCCUGGCACCGAGACUGAAAUCACAGGCAUACCAUACUCUGACACUGGAUGGUUUGCCGGUGAUCUAUUCAGCCGUUAAUCUCUUUUAAUUCUAAUGAGUGUUAAAGUUUUGUUUUUUACAGGAUAACACUGACUUCCUUAUUAGUACUACGCGGUCGAGGAAACACAGCCAUUGAGUUUUAGAUCCGAUGACAAGUUUGAGUUUACCCAGAGUAAGUUGACCUCAGUUCUAUCGAGUUUUGCGAGUGAUCGUGUUGCCGACGAGCAGUGGGCGACCUGACAGAGUUGCGAAACGACGUAAAAGCUAGUGCGCUAAUUAGGUGCAAGCAGAAAAUCUCGAAGUCGUCGUCGGCUCUAAAGGUCUCUAUUGCGCGACUUCUGCACGAGCAAUUAAACGCAAUGACAUUUUGUUGUUACGUCAGCUUGUCGUGACAAACACACGCCAUAUUACGUAACAACCAAUCCAACGCAAACUGUGAAUCAAUUUAGUUUCUGAUACAGGAUUCCGAUCUAAAAUGGAACUUUUCCACGACUGCAAAGUCAGUCUCAAGUGGUGAUAAUUCCCGGAGUAGCUAACAAACACUGCGAAGGCCGAUAUGUAGAUCAGAAAGCAAAAUCAAAUGACUGAUUUAUUGGUUGAGUGAUUACUGCAACUCUUAUAUACAGCGUUCUACUGAAAGCCAGUUAUAGAAUGAUGAAGAAUGUUAGAUAGGUUAAAAGUAUGCUUUGUAAACAAUCGCAUUUUCAGAAAACAAAUUAAUAUAUUUAAUGAAAUCUCUUACAGCUGCUAAUUAUUACAUGUACAAAUAUAUUUGCUUUAUGGUUGAUUGAAUAAAACUAUAGGGUUUUGAUACUGAAAAGUUUACGCCCGUCAUGUGUCUAGACAAAAUGAUGAAUAUGAAUGAGACUUUUUCGUAUAAAUAAACAAUAGCCUCCAUCUGGCGCAGAAAUAUGCUAGAUAUGUGUCCGCGGACAUUAUCUGUCCCG